CGCUCCUUCCUCACCAACCCGCCUCCCUCAUCUCUCUCCACUCCGGCCGGCCAGCCAGUCUCUUCUUCUUCUUCUCCAGCGAGCGAGCGAGCUAGGCUCGGAGGUGAGCGAAAAUGCCGGUCAGCAGGAUCGCCGUGGGGAGCCACCGUGAGGUGUACGAGGUGGGCGCCCUCAAGGCGGCGCUCGCCGAGUUCAUCUCCACGCUCAUCUUCGUCUUCGCCGGCCAGGGCUCCGGCAUGGCCUUCAGCAAGCUGAGCCCCGACGGCGCGGCGACCCCCGCCGGCCUCAUCUCGGCGGCGAUAGCCCACGCCUUCGCGCUGUUCGUGGCGGUGUCCGUGGGCGCCAACAUCUCCGGCGGGCACGUGAACCCGGCCGUGACCUUCGGCGCCUUCGUGGGCGGCAACAUCACCCUCUUCCGCGGCCUGCUCUACUGGAUCGCGCAGCUGCUGGGCUCCACCGCCGCCUGCUUCCUCCUCCGCUUCUCCACCGGCGGGCUCCCCACCGGCACCUUCGGGCUGAGUGGCAUCGGCGCGUGGGAGGCGGUGGUGCUGGAGAUCGUGAUGACCUUCGGGCUGGUGUACACGGUGUACGCCACGGCCGUGGACCCCAAGAAGGGCAGCCUGGGCACCAUCGCGCCCAUCGCCAUCGGCUUCAUCGUGGGCGCCAACAUCCUGGUGGGCGGCGCCUUCUCCGGCGCGUCCAUGAACCCCGCCGUCUCCUUCGGCCCCGCCCUCGUCAGCUGGGAGUGGGGGUACCAGUGGGUGUACUGGGUCGGCCCCCUCAUCGGCGGCGGCCUCGCCGGCGUCAUCUACGAGCUGCUCUUCAUCUCCCGCACCCACGAGCAGCUCCCCACCACCGACUACUGAGCAGCGAGCUCAGCGCAGCCAGCCUGCUUGCUUGCGUGCAAGCCCGCCGCCUGCCUGCCCGUCCGUCCGUGUGAUCUAUGAUCGCGUCGUCUCCUUCCUUGCCAUCACCAUGAGUCGUUUAAGUUUGCGUCCUGGGUCGAUCAGUUUGUGGUGAGUUCGUGGAGCUGUAAAACCGUGGACGACACUGUCAAUUUGCUUCUGUAAAACUGUGAAUUCGCCCGUCCCGCCCGAGUAAUUUCAAGUUGAGUUGAGUUCGACCGUGCC